UCCUCAAGAGAUGAAUCUGGUGUUGGUUUUCUUUUGCAAUUUGUGCAUCGUCACUAUCCUCUAUGAAACAACAGCUACGUGUACAAUAUAUGGUUCCAAAGAACCUGGUGACGAGCUUCUACAUCACGAGCACGUUUUCAGAGCCCCACAUGGUCAAGUGGCUCAGUCGUACGAUGUCGUCUUUCCGAAGAAGGGCAAGCGCAAUGAGAAGGUCAUAACAGCUAUAGUGGCGUCCGAUCUGAGCCCACGCAAUAAUGCAACCACAUCCAUUAAGUCGGGUGGUCCUGGAAAAAACUAUGUAACGGUUCAUCUUAAGGCACUUCCUCGGAAGUUUAUGAAUUAUAUAAUACUAAUCUAUGGCAGGAUCAGUGAGGCGAAUCUGGAUAAUUUAGUAAAGGGACGAAGUAAAUUAUAAUGAUGUCGUGAACUUUAUAGUGUAAAGUGCUUAAGAAUUCGGCGGUCUCUUUGCGAGCUUCUCAUCAAUACAUAUGUACAAGUAUUUCUCAAAUGCAA